AUGGAUAGUAAACUGCCGACUGCGUUCCUGUUGAAAAAGCACUACUUGGACAUCGUGGACGACGACUGGAUCAUGGACGCGCUCUCGGACGACGACAUUGACGUGCCUCCGCCAUCGCUCGAGCUUGACCAGGAGAAUGGCAGUGAAAGUCCUUCGGGUGAUCCUGUAACACGGGCCGCUGAUGGGAAAGUGACUCGCUGGAAUGAUGUGGGACUUGACCAAUGGGUCCGAGACACAGCAUAA